AUGCCACCAGCUAGCCUCCAAAUCACACCAUUCACGGUUUCGGCACGGAUCCAUCGUCGUUCACAGACGGAGUUCUAUCAUAGGGAGAGGGUACAAUCGGAAAAACAUACACGCCGAGGUCAGCGCCAUCAAGAGCGUAGACAAGUACCACCGUUACGACAACCUUGUCGUCUACGUUUGUCGCGUCAACUCGCAAGGCGGCUACAUGAACUCCAGGCCGUGCUCCAAGUGCGCAGACUUUAUGAAGCAGAGUGGCGUGGGUCGCGUGUACUUCAGCGAUGCCAGUGGAUUCAGCAAAAUAAUAUUCAAACACUAAACUCCAAAGAAGAAACCCGUAAAAAGGUCGUCUACACCAUCCCCGUCAAGGUGUGGACGCUUAUCGGCCCCAACGUCCAUCUGAAAAAUGGUCUUGUGAUUGCCAACAGUCUUGCGGGUGGCGGCGCAGUUCAUGUCCGACAGCUUCUCCCGUUUCUCGGUAUCUUGUUCCCUGAACUCCUCCUUAAUUCUGUUGUAGCACGAGAGUCCGAUCCUCUGCUUCACAUGGUCCAGCCAGAUCUGAGCCUUGCCGAUCGAAAACUCUGA